UUAGUUUGGGUGGGGAAGAGCUUUAGGAAGUAGCCAUGGCUCUGCAGCUGUAUGGAGAUCUGAGCUCCCAGCCCUGCCGCUCCGUCUACAUCUUCCUGAAGAAGAAUGCCAUUCCUUUUGAGUACAAGGAGGUGCAGUUGUUCAUGGGAGAACAGUAUGCUGCACAAUUCCAGAAAAUCAACCCCUUGGGGAAGGUGCCAGUUAUAAAGGAGGGGGACUUUGUGCUGACUGAGAGUGUGGCCAUCCUGAAGUACCUGGCUGGUAAAUACCGGACCCCCAACCACUGGUACCCCUCCGAUCUGAAGCUGAGAGCCCGUGUGGACGAGUACCUGGCCUGGCAGCACACCAAUCUGCGCCCACACGCUUCAAAAGUCUUCCUGCUCAAGGGUCUGGUGCCGGUCAUUGCUGGGAAGCUGGAGUCAGACACCGGGUCGACGGCAGCUGUGAACGAGCUGAGCCAGAGCCUGGGGAGGUUCCAGCAGAAGUUCCUGCAGGACAAGCCCUUCAUCGCCGGAGCUGAGAUCUCUCUGGCAGACCUGGUGGCCAUUGUGGAGCUGAUGCAGCCCCUGGGUGCCGGUUAUGACCCACUCGAUGGAAACUCCUCCCUCACCGCCUGGCGAGAGCGGGUGAUAUCCGCGGUUGGGCGAGGUCUGUUUGAUGAAGUCCACGAACCGGUCCUAAACACACAGCAGAGGUUGAAGUGGAUUGCAGAGAACCCAGCCAGCUCUGUUAGAAGCCCUAAAAACGAUGCUCCUCAAAGAGGGGAAGUAAAGUGUGGACCCAGAACACUCUCAGCUCUCCUGGACCCUGAGCCUGCGGAGAAGGCACUGUCCCACACGCCUGGAGACACACGAGGGAAGUCAGAUGUUGGAGCAACACACGAGUCAGGCACCAUCCCUGGAUGGAAAUGA